AUGGAAUUACGAUUGGGAUUUAGGAUCACCCUGGUUUGGCUCAUCCUGGUUUUGACUCUUUCGAGUCAGAGAGUGGAAGCACAGAGGGCAGGCUGUAAAAAUGUCCACUAUGACUUGGCAUUCAUCCUGGACACCUCAUCCAGUGUGGGGAAGGAGAACUUUGAGAAGAUCAGGAAGUGGGUAGUCAACCUGGUGGACUCUUUCGACGUAGCACCUGACAAGACAAGAGUGGCCGUGGUUCGCUUCAGUGACAGGCCCACCACCGAGUUUACCCUGGGGCAACACAAAACCCUGGAACAUGUGAAGCAAGCAGCCCGUAACAUAGGUUACCUGGGAGGAAAUACAAUGACCGGAGAUGCUAUCAGCUACACCACCUCCAACAUCUUCACUGAGCGGAACGGAGCGAGGCCGAGUGCCCGAGGCAUUCAAAGGGUGGCCAUCCUUCUGACAGAUGGUGGGAGCCAGGAUCAUGUCUUGGAACCCUCGAAGGCAGCUGUCAAAGCUGGCAUCAGGAUGUUCGCCGUGGGCAUCGGCGAGGCUUUGAGGGUAGAACUGGAGGAGAUCGCAGCUGAGCCAAAGAAAGCCCACGUCUUUCAUGUCACUGACUUUAAUGCCAUUGAUAAGAUCCGGGGCCGACUGAGGAGAAGGCUGUGUGAAAAUGUCCUGUGUCCAAACAUGAAGGUUCAGCCCGAUCGCUUCAAGCCCAACAGCACCAGUUCUGGUCUUGCAGAGGUUCCAGGAUUUGACCUGAUGCAGUACUUCAGUGUGAAAGACAUUCUGGGGACCAGAGACGAUGACGGUCAGAGUUCAUACGUUCGUCUCGGCACCAUGCCCAUUGUCCAGCACACAGAAGAAGUGUUUUCUCAAGGUCUGCCAGAUGAGUAUGCCUUUGUGACCACAUUCAAAUUCAGAAAAACCUCAAGACGUGAAGAUUGGUACCUCUGGCAGAUUUAUGAUAAAUAUGGAAUCCCACAGGUGUCCAUCCGUCUGGAUGGCGAGAACAAGGCAGUGGAGUACAACGCUGUUGGGCUGACAAAAGAUGCUGUCAGAACUGUCUUUAAAAACCCUGAAGUUGACAGUUUGUUUGACCGCAACUGGCACAAGAUUGCACUCAGUGUGGAGGCAAAGUCUGUGUCCCUGUACCUGGACUGUAAACACAUCCAGACUCUGCCCAUUGAGGACCGGGAGGACAUCGAUAUUCAGGGAAAGACUGUGAUCGGGAAGAGGCUGUAUGACAGCGUGCCGAUUGAUUUUGACCUCCAGAGGAUGAUGAUUUACUGUGAUUCAAAGCAUGCAGAACUGGAGACCUGCUGUGAUCUUCCAACUGGGCCUUGCCCAAAGAAAGUUGUGACAGAGGCUCCUCCGGUGGAGAUUCUCACUCCAACACCGACAGUGGCCGAGCAGAAACAAGGCCCUGAAGCCAACUGCUCCUGCCCCGCGGGGAAGAAGGGAGACAUCGGUGCACCUGGUGCUGCAGGUCCGCAGGGUGAAAAGGGUGACAUUGGCCCUAAAGGUGCUGUCGGACCAGCAGGCAUCAAAGGGGAAAAAGGAGAAACUGGCGAUCUAAACUCUGUCAAAGGUGGCAGAGGGGUGAAGGGUGAUAGAGGCAGUAUAGGGUUGACAGGUCCUCCUGGACAGAAAGGAGAGAAGGGUGCAGGAGGUAUUCCAGGUAUUGAUGGCUUACCUGGUGACAAAGGAGACAAAGGUGAAUCAGGCCUGCCCGGUGUUUCAGGAUUACCAGGUCCAGCUGGACUAAAGGGAAUCCAGGGAGAUGCAGGGAUUUCUGGUGCACCUGGACCCAAAGGUGUGACUGGAGAUUCUGGUGUAAAAGGUGAAGAUGGAACCCCAGGAACCAAUGGUUUACCGGGUGUGGAUGGAUUACCGGGAAAACCUGGAGAUCCUGGGAAAGAUGGUUUGAGAGGACUGGUUGGAGCACCUGGGCCCAGUGGCAUAAAAGGCAACAAGGGAGAGAGAGGCCUGCCUGGAUUACCUGGUGAUGUGGUACAACAAGAAGGCCUGCGGGGUGAGAGGGGAGAACCUGGACCUUCCGGGCCUCCAGGAGCAGACGGCCCCCCAGGGCCCGCUGGUCCUCCUGGUCCACAAGGCCUACCUGGAGAACAUGGGGAACCAGGGCAAAGGGGAAGGAAAGGUGAAAAUGGUCUGCAUGGUGUUGACGGCCUUCCUGGACCUCCUGGUCCACAGGGUCCAGCAGGUCCACCUGGACAAACAGGACAAACUGGACAGCCUGGCCUGCCUGGUGAAAUGGGACGGCAGGGGAAAGUAGGAGAGCCAGGAAAGUCUGGUGUUCCUGGUAAAGAUGGUUUGGAUGGUCUUAUUGGAAAUGAUGGUGCCAUGGGGCCCAGGGGAGAACGUGGAGCAGAUGGGUUUCCUGGAAAACCUGGACCCAAGGGUGACGAGGGGCCUCCUGGACCAAGAGGUCCUCCAGGGGAAAGAGGAGAGGCUGGUGCCCCGGGACAGUCUGGUUCUGAUGGUGUAAGAGGAGAUAGAGGUGUUCCGGGAGAAAGAGGAAUGGAUGGACCUGUUGGAUCAAAAGGUGAAAAGGGUGACAAGGGUGACCUUGGACCGAGGGGACCGCCUGGGAUUCCAGGAAAUGUUGCAGAAAUAAUCCCGGAGCCUGGAGAACCAGGGAAACCAGGAGAGAAGGGAGAGAAGGGGGACCAAGGAAACCCAGGAGACAUGGGUCCAAAAGGGUUACCUGGUGAACAAGGUUUUAAAGGACCUCCAGGACCACCUGGUACAAAGGGUGACACGGGCCUCAACGGGGAGACGGGUCGAGUUGGGGAUCCGGGUCCACCGGGUGCUCCGGGUCCUCAGGGGGCCGCAGGUUUACCUGGAAGUGUGGGAAUACCAGGGAUCAUUGGACCUCCUGGUCCAGCUGGGCAGAGAGGAGACAAGGGUGAGCUGGGAAAACCAGGACAAUCUGGUCCUCAAGGUUCGCCAGGAGAGCCUGGUUUGAUUGGAGCUCCUGGACCACCAGGGAAGGGGAAAGAUGGUCAAAAUGGAGAACCAGGACCACCAGGGAUUCAAGGCCAACCUGGAGCAAAGGGCCAGCAGGGGCCACGUGGACAAAUUGGGGUUCCAGGAGAGCGUGGCCAGCCAGGAGAGGGGAAAGAGGGAGCACCGGGGCCGCCAGGAAAACAUGGGGCUCCAGGAGCUGCGGGUUUGAAGGGUCCACCAGGACUUCCUGGUCCUCAAGGUCCAGCAGGGCACAAUGGUUUACCAGGAAGGCCAGGAGAAAAAGGAUCACCUGGAGAACCUGGAAAGGCAGCAGAUCUUUCUGACCUGAAUCUGAAGGACGUCUGCUCAGACUGCCCUGCAGGUCCACCUGGACCACCUGGACUCCCAGGAGUCCCUGGAGAUAAAGGACAAAAUGGACCUCCUGGAAAAAAUGGAGAAGAUGGCUAUCAAGGCCCGCCUGGACCAACCGGACCUGCAGGGGCCCCUGGAACCGAUGGAACUAAAGGUGUAAAAGGGGAUCAAGGACCUCCUGGAAGCCCUGGAGAGAAAGGAGACAAGGGUCACCAAGGACCACCUGGUCGUCAGGGUCCUCCUGGAUUAAUGGGCGCGCCUGGUAAUGAUGGACAACCAGGUCCUGUUGGCCCCACAGGGCCCACUGGAGAAAAGGGCAAAGAGGGACUUAAAGGAAUCCAAGGACCACCUGGGCUUCCUGGCUUGAUAGGCCAACCUGGAAAAAUGGGCAAAGAUGGCAGACCAGGAGAAGCAGGAGAACCUGGCAAGCAAGGUGAACCUGGACCUCCAGGAAACCCUGGACUCAGGGGUCCCCAAGGCUUUAAAGGCCACAGAGGUGAACCUGGAACUCUAGGAACUAAGGGAGAGGAUGGAAAACCUGGAUCACCUGGACGUGAUGGCAAACCUGGAAAUGAGGGUGCUAAGGGACCUCCAGGCCCAGAAGGACUUCUUGGACCAAGAGGAGAACCUGGUAAACCAGGUGAAUCAGGACCGUCUGGGAAGUCAGGUCUGCCCGGAACCCCAGGUCUCAGAGGAGACAAAGGAGAACCUGGCACCCCAGGAUUACCAGGCUUCAGUGGGCCAAAGGGCCCAGCGGGUCCAUCUGGUCCUAUUGGCCCUGAGGGAAAACAGGGAAUACCAGGCCGAGCAGGAGAUCGUGGUUUCAAAGGGGAGAAGGGUGACCAUGGUAUAAAAGGAGAUAAAGGACAAGCUGGAGAGCCUGGUAUGCCUGGAAACCCUGGUCCUCCAGGCAGGAAGGGACACACUGGGAUGAUGGGCAUGUCAGGACCACCAGGAGAAAUAGGACCUCCGGGAACACAAGGAUCUUCAGGGAACCCCGGUCCACCAGGACCCAGGGGAGAGUCAGUGUCAAUGGAGCAGAUGAGAAGACUCAUCCAGGAGGAGCUGGCAAAACAAUUAGAUGCCAAACUGGUAUACCUCAUGGCUCAGAUCCAGCCUGCCCAUGUAAAAAGUACAGCAGGUCGUCCAGGACCUCCAGGCCCCCCUGGUAAGGAUGGCAGCAAUGGACGACCAGGACCCCCUGGUGAGCCGGGAAUGCCUGGACAAAAUGGAGGAGAAGGGCCCAGGGGACCGAUGGGCCCUAAAGGUGAGAAAGGAGCAAAGGGAGAGCAAGGAGAUACUGGUAUUGGUGAACGAGGAGAGCGAGGUCCUCCUGGACCUAUAGGUCCAGCUGGUAUGCCUGGAUACGGCAAAGAUGGAAGCCCAGGACAAGCUGGAGCCCAGGGCGAACCGGGAAACCCCGGACCACAUGGUCAGCCUGGACCUCCAGGUCCUGCUGGACAGUGUGAUCCCACCCAGUGUGCCUACUAUGCCAGCCUGGCACAAAGACCCCACACCAAAAAUGUGAAAGGGACCUAA